AUGAAAUUUAUUCAAAUCUUAAUUGGUGCAACUGGAAUUACAGCUGCUAUUAUCAACAAAGAAAAAUAUGCACAAAGCAAAGGUCUCAUUUUGGAUGGUCUUGGUCCUAGAGAUGUUAAGGAACCAUUAAUUGAAGAUCACUGCGUCCAAAGUUGUGCCGAGGCUGCCGACCAUAAAUAUCCCACAUGCCUUGGCUACCAAGAUAAUGAUUUAUUUUUUUCAUGUGUUUGUGGAAUGGACCCAGGCGCGUAUCCAUAUGAUGAAGUUGCUAGAAACUAUUGGACCGAUUUAUUCUAUUGCCUUCAAUCUUGUGAUGUAACACCUAGCUUCCAAAAUUUACUCAGUAUGGAAGAGGCUAGGGUGCAAUUUUGUGCUGGCCAAGGAAUCAAAGGAACGAGUCAAACAAUGACCAUCGAACAAGCUGAAAGCUGCAGCAGGCAAUGUGUCGAGGAAGCACAAUUUCCGGAAUGUGAUAAGUACGAAGACUAUGAUGUUCUUGGUUGUAUGUGUGGUUCUGACCAAGAGAACUCCUGGACCAACUAUCAAACAUGUAUUAAUAACUGUGGCUUUACCAAGAAGUACGAGGGGAUUCUCUGGGAUGAAGCCAAAACCCAAAAGUGUAAUGGUAUUACUCCAAUUAAGCGAAAGACUGAUCUAGAAGUUAUGGAAUGUCGUGCUAUCUGUGUCAGAAGAUUAGAGAGAGAUGGGCCAAACUGUUCUGGGUACGCGAAGAAUGAUGAACAGAUGUUAAAUUGUGCAUGUGGGAUUGAAGAUGAACACUAUUGGAGUGAUUUACAACCUUGUUUUGAUGAUUGUGGAACCACCAAAACCCUUCAAAGCCUCGAGUUGCCUGAAGUCAAGACUGAAACUUGUAAGAAUUUUAAAGAGUUUCUUGAGCCAAAAUUAGUGGAAGCUAAAGACGACCAUUGCUUUUUCUCGGUCGUAUAUCAAACAGAAAGAAAAUUUCCUACUUGUAUAGGCUAUGAAGAUAAAAAUGAGAUGUUUAGUUGUGUAUGUGGGGUCGAAAAUUCUGAUUAUUGGUCUGCUAUAUGGUCCGAAUCCUCAUCCUGGGAUUGUACAUACUAUCGGCUGUUUAGGGAACUCAAAUGGGAAGAUGCAAAACCCCAAAUAUGUGAUGGUAUUACAACUCUUCCAGCUAAUCCUGUAUCAUGUUUCGAGGCAAGCAUGGACAAGGUGGAAUCCAUCUAUCCAAGUUGCAAUGGCUAUGACGAUAUUAUUGUAAGGAUGGGGUGUAUGUGUCAUUUGGAAGAAGAGAAUUACUGGCCCGUAUUUGUUGACUUUCUUUCUACUUGUCGAGACUUUUCCCAUAAAGAAAUGAAUGGCGAAGAAUUCAGAAGUUAUCUAUGUUGGGAAUUUCCCAACUAUUUUCCUCCAAAAGUUAAAACUACAUCUGACCCUGCUGGAAAUAAUCCUGUCAAUGCACCUAUUCCACCUCCUGUUAAACCCGUUGAUGGUACUGGAAAAACUCCUGACGAAGUUCCUAUUCCUCCUCCUGUAGACCCUAUUCCACCUCCUGUCGAGCCUGUUGACGUUGUCAAACCUGUUGACAUUGUUGAACCUGCUAACGUUGUUGAACCUGCUGCUCCUGUUGACAUUUCUGGUAAUACUCCUGACGAAGUUCCUAUUUCACCUCAUAUUGACCCUGCUGCUCCUGUUUCUCCUGUUUCUCCUGUCAAACCUGCUGCUCCUGUUUCUCCUGUUGAACUUGUUGUCCCUGCUGGUAAUAAUCCUGCUGAGAUGUCUAUUCCACCUCCUGUUAACCCUGUUGCAGCUAUUGAUAAUAUUAUCUCGGAAGCCUUUGGUCAUACUAAUGGCAGUGGAUGUGUUCAUGCAUGUGUAAAAUAUGUGGAAAAUGACAUAUCUAUAUGUGGUGAAGCAGUGGAUAUUAAUUGUAUUUGUGAAGUGGAAAACCCCGACUAUUGGGUUCCAUUGUGGGAUUGCCUCACCAAAUGUCCAAUGUACCAUACUGAGAGCGGUACUUCUUGGGAAAUGGGUAAAUCAAUCUUUUGUAAAUUUUCACCCAAACCAACAAUAGAUAAAGAAGUCCAAGAGGUAAGUGAACCAAUUGAACCAACUAUUCCUGAAAUAGAAGAAAAUAAAAAUGACAAUAAGGAACCAGAAGCUGUUUUACAAACCUUUACAACAUCGGAAGCCCAAAUAUUUACGGAGAAGGAAGUUGAACUGAUAACAGAACUUGACGUAGAAAUUUCCACUGAGCUGAUAACAGAAGUGGAUGAAAUGGUCACUGAACUGAUAAAGGAACUGAUAACAGAACUGAUUAUGGGACUGGUCACUGAACUGAUAAUGGAAAUAGUGACAGAGAAGGUCACUGAACUGAUUCCAGAACUGGUUGUGGAACUGGUGUUAGAAUCUACAUUAUCAUCAAUGGCAGAACAAGUGACAGAGCUGCAAAAGUUGAUCAGAAAUACAACUUACACUGUAAAUGCCACUCAAACAGAAUGGUUUACGAUAACCAGUUGCAAUGAUAGAACUGAAUGUAGCACAUUCACAGUAACUGAAACUAAACUUGCCAACCAUUUAACUGGAAAGAACUUCCCUAUAUCUGCAAAUACAGCUCUUCAACCAACACCCUCAACAAAAACAUUUAACUCAAAUGUUAGACCAAUAGUUGCCCAACCAACAAAAUCCCAGUCAAUAAAUAACCAACCAACAAACACCAGAUCAAUGAAUUCUCUUCCAAAAGCUAGUUCUACUGAUGGACUUGCUCCUUCACAAUUUUCUGCCCCAUUUGUGACCCAAAAUGAAAACUCUGCCGCUUCUUUUGUCCUUGGCCCAUUAGUAUAUUUGUUAGCUAUUAUCUUGAUUUAG